CAGCGGCCGCAAGCGCACCGCUUCACCUCUGACUUUUCGUUCGUCACUCGAGACUUCAAUCUAUCCACAGCCUUCUGCUUCCGUCUCAGAACACAGCCCUCUGCUUCGGCCGGUUGCCAUAUUCCUGGUCGAACUCGAUCAUGGGGUUCCCGGUUGUGUGCUACUGCAUAGCCGUCCCGAAGACGCUCAUCGCCUUCUGCAAGCUCCUCAGCGUCAUCAGGGACGCCGUCCUGCUGAUGCUCGCCGUCGUAGGGCUCUGCCGUUCCCCGCACGACGGCGCGCGCCGCUCGGUGGACGCCCCGCAGCCAGAAGAGGUGAAGAACCGGCUCCCCGCCGUCGAGUACGGCCAGCUCGUGGCCGAGCUGUCGUCGCCGGCGUCUCCGAGCACGCAGCACGCGUCGUGCCACCACGGCGGCGGCGAGGCCGCGGCGUCGUCGACAUGCAUCGUGUGCCUGGAGAGGCUGGAGGCGACGGACGAGGUGCGGCGGCUGGGCAGCUGCGCGCACGCCUUCCACCGCGGCUGCAUCGACCGAUGGAUCGACCUCGGCCGGCUCACCUGCCCGCUGUGCCGGUCCAACCUGCUGCCGCGCGCGCGUGGCGGCCCGCUCGGGUUUGGCCGGCUCGCCAGUCUCCUCACGCGCGUUCGGUGACGACUGCGCGCGCGCCCUGGGGUUGGUCUGGAGGGCAGUUUUGUCUUUUUGAUCGGGCGUCAAGCACAGCCCAUCAUUGCUAGCUAGGUGGUGCCGGAAUGGUGCGGACAGGUAAGCGAUGGCGACGGGCCCACCGGGUGGUACAACAGCAGCUGGGCUAUUAGCCAACCAUUAAUCAAUGGGGCUUAAUAAAUUAGCAGCUAAUUAGCUCGGUCCUCCUGAUCGUUAAUAUAGAUUAAUAAAUAUAUAAUCAACGGUUGAGAGGUUUGGUGUAGAUAAUCAUGAUAAUAUGUACAUUAUUCAUAGUGCUAUCAACGAUAUUCAUCGUACUAUUCUUUUUC